AUGGGAGCGUCACUUAUUGCCUUGUUCGUUUCAACAGUCUACAUUGUCCUUACAAGUUGGCUGGCAUUUUGGGCGAGGAAAUAUGCUAAGUUUUAUACACAAAGGCCCUUUUUACGAGCGCUCUUCCUCGAAGGAAUAGCCACUGCGGAACUAUGCGGAGCGUGCUUUGAACUUAUUAUAAUCGCUGACAAUUGGGGAGUCUCGAUGUACGCCAUUUAUUUGUUUGUGUUGACGAUCUGGUGGUCAAAGGUCUGGGAAGACGCGACCGCUUGUCCUUACACGCACCUAGAAGAGCUUGUCGAGGGUAAAAAAUCUCUUCGAGACGCUUUUCUAUUAAUUUGGGCCGAGCUUGUCGGCGGUCUGGCUAUCUUCAGAUAUAUUCAAUUACUUUGGGCUCUGGAGAUCGUUUCCACUCACAAGAACCGAGCGUUUGAUGAUUGCUCCACUGAUUUACAAGUACCGGUCAUUUUUGGAGCUAUCGUCGAAUGUAUUGCGACAUGUAUUUGCCGUGUCGUUUCCCGGGGUCUCAGUGAAUUAGAUUCUAAGCUUGGUACUGUAAUUGAUGCAUUUAUUGGCACAACUCUCGUCGUCGCAGCCUUCAACUACUCUGGAGGUUACUUUAAUCCAGCAUUAGCAACCUCAUUAAAAUACGGCUGUCUAGGGACCACGUUUAUGGAACACGUGAUUGUUUACUGGGUCGGAGCUUGCGCUGGUUCUAUAUUAUCUAUCCGAGUUUACCAGCAUCCAGCCAUCCAAAGUUUCGUUCAAAAGCACAAACCCAAGUCCCAUUGA